AUGACAUAUCAAAUCUACAUCUUCUGACUAAAACCUACAAUAUAAACAUUUUAGUCUUACUUCUACUAAUAAAUAUUACAGCUAUACAUAAAUCAUAUACGUUUAAAUACAUAAAUCUUUGUACUCGUCCUUAUCCAGCGUUCCAAUUCGGACGCGAACUCCAACUCGGACAUCUAGUGCCGCUUCCAUGCCUGUUUCUCAAUGAUAGAGGUAGCCAAAAAAGUGAAACUCGACAACAAAAACCGAUAGUUGGGAGUCACACAGGAAGAGCGAGGAAGAAGGACAGCAGACAAGAAUGUGGAUUCUCUUGCGACUCUCCGCGCCUGCAACUCUAAAGCCAACUACCACACUGUGUUGUCAUGCCUCCUCUUCUUUGAGUAAGAGGAAAGAGCGGCUUCUUCGCUCCAUUGAAGUCACAGGAGGUGACCCAUUAGCUGUGCGUCGCCUUCUCUGCAAAUUCUCUGGGUCCUCUUCCAAGGCUUUGCAGCUUGAAGCUUUUCACCAUCUCCUCUCUUCUCACCAAUGGGCCGUUGCUCUUCCUAUGUACAAGAUAAUCAGUGAAGCCCCUUGGUAUAAAUGGAAUGGGAAAUUGAUAGCCAGCCUGAUUGGUUUGCUUGAGAAAUACGAACAAAGAGAAGAAGCAUUAUCCCUACUUGGCUCAGAAACUAUAAAAAAAUUAGGCCCAAGGGACCUGGCUACUUUUUACUGCAAUCUAAUUGAUUCUUACUCUGAACAUGGACUGAAAAAUCAGGUUCUUGAAACAUAUUCAAGCUUGAAGAAACUCCCAUAUAGGUCAGGUGAUGCGCUUGCUUAUAAGUCUAUAAUUAAUGGCUUCUCUCUGAUGAAUCUUCCCCACCAUGCAAAUGAAAUGCUUGACGAGAUGAUGGCUUCAGGUUUCAAAGCUUCGCCAUUUGAGUUUAGGUCUCUGAUACUUGCAUAUGGUAGAUGUGGGUUUUUCCCUGAAAUGGAGAAAACUCUUGAAUUGAUGGAGAAUCUGGGUUAUUCUAUCGAUACAGUUACAGCAAAUACUAUUCUUUCCUCAUAUGGGUCUUUUAUGGAGUAUUCCAAAAUGGUUUCUUGGCUUAAGAAAAUGGCUUCUCUUAAUGUAGAUUUCUCAAUUAGGACAUACAAUUCUGUUGUGAAUUCUUGCCCUACUAUUCUUUCUAUUGUGCAGCAGCCUCAAACUGUUCCUUUGUCAAUUAAUGAACUCUUGGAGCUCCUAAAUUUGUCCACACCAAAAGAGCUAUUUGUUAUUCAGGAGUUUCUAAGCUCAGUGAUACAAUUAGGGUCAGUGAAUUGGGCUUCUGAGGAAUGGAGAUUGGAUUUGCACGGGAUGCACACUGGUGCUGCAUAUGUGAUCCUUCUGCAAUGGUUUGAAGAAAUGAAAGAGAGGCUUUACGACGGGACAGUUAUUCCUUUAGAAGUUUCAGUUGUUACUGGAACUGGAAAACACAGCUCUGUUAGAGGGGAAUCGACUGUUAAGAAGUUGGUUUCAGAGAUGAUGUUUCAGAUGGGUUCUCCUCUCAAAGUGGACAGACUUAAUGUUGGAAGGUUUGUUGCUCGAGGAAAAGCGGUGAAAACCUGGUUAAGCUGAUCCUUGUUUGAAGUAAAUGUAUCAAGCAUUUUACCUAGUGGUGGUCCAAGUAGAUCACAGCUUUCUAACAGGCAAGGCAAGCAUUGAAGGGUUUGAAGAGGGUCGUAAAGUUGCAGGCAGUGGUCCGGGGAAUGUGUGUGAGGAGGCAGGCUCGGAUAGCUAUGCACUGCAUGAACACUCUCGUCCGUCUCCAGGUUCGGGUCCGAGCCCGGCAACUGCUUACUACCACUCCACAAUACCCUUAACCAGAUUAACAAUUGUCUACCUCUGUUUCCUUCAACCUUAUGCUACUUCAGGAGUAGCCUUUGUUGUAAUCCUUUUUCCUUUGUUCCUUUUUUUUCUUUUGUUGCAGACCUCCAUUUGGUUAAUGUAUUUUCAUUUGGAUUGAUAGCUCAAGUUAUUCCCUAUGAUACUCAGAUACGGAAACUUUAUUGGUGAAAUUUUUAAACAAUGAGUGAGACUAGAAAA